GUGGUGGCUUAUCAUUAUUGCCAGGCAGAUAACACGUACACUUGCUUGGUCCCAGAAUUUGUGCACAGCAUCGCAGCCCUUCUGUGCAGAGCUCAUCAACUGAGUGCGUACCGGGAGCUGUUGCUGAAAGAGCCCCACCUCCAGAGCAUGCUCAGUCUGCGCUCCUGUGUCCAAGACCCCAUGGCUGCUUUCCGGAGAGGAGUCCUGGAACCGUUGGCCAACCUUCGGAAAGAGCGAAGGAUUCCAGAGGAAGAUUACAUAAUCUUAAUAGACGGGCUGAAUGAAGCAGAGUUCCACAAACCAGACUAUGGAGACACCAUUGCAUCCUUCAUCACAAAAAUCAUUGCCAAGUUCCCCUCCUGGCUAAAACUGGUUGUCACUGUUCGAAUCAACUUGGUGGAGAUCACCAGCCUCCUGCCCUUCUCCAAAAUCUCCCUGGAUGACUUUUCUGACAACAAAGAGAUCAGCAAUGACCUCAACGCAUAUAUCCAGUAUCGUAUCAACGGCAGCAAGGACAUCAUGAACAAUAUUAGCCUGAACGGCAAGGCCGAUCCUAUCACAGUCGGCAAGCUAAGUAGCCACCUGAUCUCCCGCAGCCAAGGGUCCUACCUGUAUCUCAAACUCACCCUGGAUCUGUUUGAAAGAGGCCACCUCGUGAUCAAAAGUGCCAGUUACAAAGUCGUGCCUGUUUCACUGGCAGAACUGUACCAGUUACAGUGUAACAUGAAAUUCAUGACCAAUUCAGCCUUUGAGCGCUCACUGCCGAUCCUCAACGUAUCGCUCGCCUCGCUGCACCCCCUGACUGACGAGCAGCUGUUCAACGCCAUCAACUCGGGGUUCGUCCAGGGGGAGCUACAAUGGGAGGACUUUCAGCAACGCAUGGAGCUGCUCUCGUGCUUUCUCAUCAAACGGAGGGACAAGACGCGCAUGUUUUGUCACCCUUCCUUCAGAGAGUGGCUGGUGUGGAGAGCUGAUGGAGAGAGUACGGACUUCCUUUGUGACCCCAGGACCGGUCACGCUCUCAUGGCUUUCAUGUUAUCGCGCCAAGAGGGGAAACUGAAUCGGCAGCAGACAAUGGAGCUGGGACACCACAUACUCAAAGCACACAUCUUCAAGGGUCUGAGCAAGAAGACAGGCGUGUCAUCCAGUGUCCUUCAGGCUCUGUGGAUAAACUGCAGCACUGACGGCCUUUCUGCAGCCCUGGCCUCCCUGAGGAACCUCUACACACCUAAUGUCAAGGUAAGCCGUCUCCUGAUGCUGGGAGGGGCAAACGUGAAUUACCGCACAGAAGUACUGAACAACGCACCAGUGCUUUGCGUCCAGUGUCACCUCGGUCACCAGGAAAUUGUCUCACUGCUGCUCGAGUUCGGCGCCAGCGUGGAUGUUGUUUCAGAAAACGGCAUGAGCCCCCUCUGCUUCUCAGCUGCUGCAGGACACUUGGGACAAGUCAUGCUGCUCUGUAAAAAGGAGGCUAAGGUUGAUCAUGUAGAUAAGAGUGGCCAGUGUGCUCUGGUCCAUGCUGCCCUACGAGGACACCUUGAGAUUAUCCAGUACCUGCUGGAGCUAGAAUGGAGUGCUGAGGGGCAGCAGCAGGACUGCUCUCUGAAGAGCAAAGCUCUGCAGCAGGCUUUGAUUGCAGCCUCGAGCAUGGGGCACACACAGGUUGUGAGAGGCUUGCUGGCGUUGAAUAAUGAGCACGCUGUGCAAAUUGAUAGUCAUGACACACUGUGGGGAGAGACAGCCUUGACGGCUGCAGCCGGUCGUGGCAAGAUGGAGGUAUGCAGCUUUCUGUUGGAGCAGGGGGCGGUGGUGCAGCAGGUCAACAGGCGGGGGGUGUCUCCUCUCUUCUGCGCGGUCAGACAAGGACACUGGCAGAUUGCAGAGCUGCUGCUACAGAAUGGUGCUGACAUUAACAUCAGUGACAAGCAGGGCAGGACCCUGCUCAUGGUGGCCGCUUGUGAGGGUCACCUGAGUACUGUGGAGUUUCUGCUUUCUAAAGGUGCAUCUUUAACGUCGAUGGACAAGGAGGGACUGACGCCCCUGAGCUGGGCAUGUUUAAAAGGACAUAAGAAUGUGGUGCAGUUUUUGGUAGAGAAGGGUGCGGUCAUCGACCACACGGACAAAAACGGACGAACUCCACUGGACCUCGCUGCCUUCUAUGGAGACGCAGAGAUUGUCCAGUAUUUGGUGGAAAGAGGAGCAGUGAUAGAGCAUGUGGACCACAGUGGGAUGAGGCCUCUGGACCGGGCCAUAGGUUGUAGGAACACGUCAGUGGUGGUGACUCUAUUAAAGAAAGGAGCAAAGCUGGGGAACGCUGCUUGGGCCAUGGCUACUUCAAAGCCUGACAUCCUCAUCAUCCUCCUUCAGAAGCUGAUGGAGGAAGGAAACCUGCUUUACAAGAAAGGGAAGAUGAAAGAGGCAGCCCAGAGGUACCAGUACGCCCUGAGGAAGUUUCCCAGAGAAGGCUUCGGUGAUGAACUGAAGGCAUUUAAAGACCUGAGGGUCUCCCUGUACCUCAAUCUCUCCCGCUGUCGCAGGAAAACCAAUGAUUUUGGGAUGGCUGAGGAGUUUGCAACAAAAGCGCUGGAGCUGAAACCCAAAUCCUAUGAGGCCUACUAUGCCCGUGCCAGAGCUAAAAGAAGCAGCAGGCAGUUUACAGCAGCCUUAGCUGACUUACAUGAAGCAGCCAAGCUGUGUCCCAAUAACCGGGAAAUCCGCCGUCUGCUGGCUCGAGUGGAGGACGAAUGUAAACAGAUGCAGCGAACUCAGACCAAAGGAGGCCUCGGUGGGGCUGCAGCUGCAUCCAGCCAGGCAUCAGGAGGCCACGAGUCUGACCAGGAGCAAGACGAAGGGCAGGACGACCCCUCAGAGCACAGCCUUGCUAGGAGUGUAGAAGGCCAAAGAGAUAUUCUUGAAGAGGAGGAAGAGGAGGAGGAUGCCAUGCAGCAUGACAGGACAGGUGAAGCCUGCUGGUCCCAGAGCAGUUACUCUUUUAACAAAGUCUUACCCUCUGAGUCAGCGGCUGCCAGCAUCAGUGUGGGACACCAGAAUCAGAGUCUGAGCCCCAGCUCACCCCCAGGCCCCAGCAGGCUUCCUCCUCACAGGUACCCUCGUGAGCACCGGGAUGCCCUGCCUCAACAGGGGCUGGUCCUGCAGCCAACCAAGCAAGCCCAAAUUGUCAAGACCAAUCAGCACAUGAGUUCCAUGCAGACCGGGGGAGGAGCCGUGGGGGGUCGCUCGGCAGGGGCCAAAUCUCAGUACGCUCCCUCCAGUCCGUUACCCAGCCGACACAUGUCCAGCAUGCUGAAGCCGGGCCCAGGUAUCGACAUCGGCCCUCUGCCCACCCCAGCUGACGAGCCCAUGUAUGGAAACCGCAUGUUGCUGGCAGCUGCCUCCUCUUCCAUAGGUCACAGUUGUGAAAGUGAGAGUCUCCACUCCUCUCAAGCCUCUUACUCAUCCUGCAGCAACUCUAAAGGUCUGGGCCAAGACAGGCUGUCUGCCCACUCCGCAUCGUCCUUGGAUGGCUUGGCCUGCUCUGGUCCUGGAUUCCAGGGGAAUCACUCAGAGUCUGGAAAGGAAGGGAUGUGCGCUGCAGCGGGAUCUCAGGGAGGCGGUGGCAGCAGCAGCAUGCGUGUGUCUAGUUCCACCAGCAGCCUGGCAUCAAGCAGCAGCCUGUCAGACAGCGGCAAGCUAGGUCCUGACGUUCGCACCAAGAUCACUGACAAAACAAAGCACAGCCAACAGGGCAGCGCCGCAGCCGAGUACAAACCCAGGCCCUUCAUGGGCAUAACCGACAAGACAGCCCGUUUUCAGCAACAGCAGCAGCAGCAGAUUCAACAGCAGCAGCACCACGGCUUGCAGAGUCACCCGAGCCUGCAGUCUAUCGGUCGCAGCUGGCUGAACCACUCCUCCGACGGCCUCGUGUGUCACAACAUGUCGACAAUGGGCCUGCAAUCUGUCGACGGCAAAACGGCGAGCUCAUACCAGGAGCAGCACAAACCUCCACCACCUCAGGGUGGUAUGGCGAUGAGUAGCUUACAAAAUGGCAUGCAUGCCAAGGAAUUUGCAGAGAAGUUCUGCCAAGCUGCCAACUGUUACAAAGAGUCCAAGCCAGCACUGGCUAUGCCACACACGUUAAUGGACAGUAAGCCUAAGCAGCCUGGCCUAGCUCGAGAUAAUCCUGCCAUUCACGUAGCUUCAAUGAAACCAAAGCGAUCAUUUAUAGAGUCGAAUGUGUAGACAAGCGUCUUUUAUCUCUCUUACAAUCCUUAACGCACACGCGCACAGACACAAGGAAAAAUCUAAAGUGAGAGGGACUUGUUUCAUAUUUUUUAACCAACCCCAGAGUGCAGUCUGACGUUAAGUCUUAUAAGGAGUACAGUUUGCAAGCUGUUUGUUUUCCCGGGAAUUCAGGCACCAAGCAGCGUGCAGAAGGCUCCAAAUUUUUACUCGUCCCAAUCUGCCGCUUCUGGCUGUCAGCUUUUGUUACAUGACAUGUCCGUCGUCGUUCAGCCAGGCUGGAGACAAAGCACUGAAGGAAGUAUCCAGACAUGUACUCUACAGUCCUGAUCAACAAAACGGUGGCAAUGAGCACUUUACACAGUUAGCAAGUGCUUAAACAACAUAUUCAGUUACAGCUUAAUGUUAUUACAGAGUAAUUCAUUUACGUCCAUGGUGCUGAGAGCAAAGAAAUACGGUCUCUUUAAAAAUGAUUGAGAACCCUUUGUUUUCUGCACACUUUGCUGCAAUUGCUUUUAAUUCAAUUUGAAUCAAAUUGUCAUUUUACACUCAGUAGCCCAAAAAUGACAAAGUGCAAACACAUUUGCUGAGUUCUUUGUAAUUUCAUUGAAAAUCAGACACCGAAGCCUCUCAUUCAUCUGUUUAAAUUUGCAAAAGAGCAAAGUGUGCACAAAAUAAAUGGAUGUGAAGGAAGACGUAGUCCCCGGUGAAACGUUCAGAGGGUUUAAGGGACGGGCAUUCCUGUGUUUUACGAAGGACGUUAUAGAUCCUCAUGUUGUGUAUAUUAUAUAAAUAUGUACUUUUCCUUCUUUUCAGUGAAGGUCCAUGUUAAGUGUAUUGACAAGUUCCGACUUGUGUAUCUCGAGUUUUAGGCACAAUGUUGUUCAAAUGGUGUUAAAGGUUCUAAAACAAAAAACAAAAAAGCAUUUGUUAAAUAUGUUUGUACAUUAUAUAAAAUCACCAUUAACACUGAAUUGAAUUCCUUUCUGUAUCUGCUUGUUGUUGCUGUCUAGUUUAAUUUAUUUACAGCGCCAAUGGCUUGGUUAAUUGUAAAAGCAAUAUAUUUUAUAUAGUUAUUUUUGCACAGCUACUAAGACAUUUUAUGAUUCUCAGUGUUGAGAUUUAAGUGCAUGCUUCAAUUGCAGUUUAUAUUACAGAGUGGAAAAAAGUCUAUAAAAGCAGAAAAAUGGUUUGGGGACUCAGUGCCAUCAGUUCUAUUUUAUUAUGUACAUUAAAUGCAAUUGUUGCCAUGUUUUCAGUAUUGUGAGCUUUAUUAGCUGUGAUCACAUACUGUAAUUGAACGUUUUUGCCAUAGCUACCAUGGGAGAGAGAAAUAAAGACCCACUGAGGAAACAAAA